UCAAAUGAUCGAUAAUGAUAAAACAAUACGUGAAAAGGUAUUUGAUACUUAGUAAUAAAUCUUUACUAAAAUAAUUGUUAAUUAAUUCGAUGAGAUUAUAAAUCUAUUUUUAAUUUUUUCAUUUGAUUAUACACACUACGAGGUGUAAAUUAUGAUAGAGAAUGUACGUGUAUUUAAUGAGCAAUGGAGAAGGAAAGAGAAAGAGAAAGAGGAGAGAGAAAGAGCGAGAAAUGCUUCGACGAGAUUUGAAUUUGGCGCGUUUUCGCUGGUUGCACGGCAGCCAUAUUGACUAUAUACUCCCGAGCAACUUGGAGAAUGUUUGUGCGUACCUGGCACGAUCGUUGCUCUCUCGUGUUCGCCGUUUUAUUCACCGUGUAAACGUAUUCAUAUUAACGCGUCAAAUUCGAUUUCAAGCGGUAAUUAAUACGCUUCUUGAUUUAGUUUAUUUCUUUUGACAUGUCAAGCCAAAUAUGCUUAAAGUGGAACAGCUUCUUGAACAAUAUCGCAACGAGCUUCGAGAGUCUUUGGGAGGAAGAAGGCCUGGUGGACGUGACACUUGCUAGUGAUGGACAAUGUCUUACGGCACACAAAGUUAUACUUUCUGCAAGUAGUCCAUUUUUCAAGAAAGUCUUCCAGGCUAACCCAUGUCAGCAUCCAGUCAUAAUACUGCAAGAUGUACGCUUUUGUGAGCUUGAAGCAUUACUUAUAUUUAUAUAUAAAGGAGAGGUUAAUAUAGAACAGGAAAAUUUACCAGCAUUAUUGAAAGCUGCUGAGACAUUGCAAAUACGUGGCUUGUCAGGUGGUGAUAUAUUUCCUAAGGAUUCUUUCAAAAGGUUAGCAGAAUUGGAACCAAACAUUGAUGAGGAUAUACCUGUCGUCAAGGAAGAAGCACCUAAAAAGAAACAAAAAGUUUGUAAACAACAUAACAAUUCUAUAUUGGAGAAAGCGUUAACACCUAGAAUAUCCCAAUCUGAAAAUACUAGCGAAUCCAAUGGUAGUGAACAAAGUGGGAAGGACACAGAUCAUGGUUCAUCUGAUUUACCGGAUCCUGUGUUUCAUCGUUUAGAAAUGAAAAUAGAACCAUUAGAGAUGACACCAGAAGAUUUACAAAAGAGAGCCUCCAUCGAGAAAGAUCCAACGGAUAGAUUAGACACUGGACAAAUGGAUGGAAUACAAGGGUCUGGGAACAGUCCUGCUGAAGACAUUUCCGGUAUAUCUGGAUUAUCCGGCCUAACUGGAUUCUCGGACGUGAAGCCGGUGCUUUACUCGUAUCAGCAGCUACCUUACGCCGAUCUACUACCGAGCCCGGACAUUAUCUCAACGUGGGCGUCAUCACGACCAAUGGAUCACCUAGCAUGCGAUCUAAUGAAGAUCCUCUUCACUCCCGAAGAGAGGAUACUCUGCAAUGUCAAUGGUAAAAUGGGAAAGCAGCAAUUCGAUAGCAACAAGAUACACCUGAUAAGGGAGGUUUUGCUACACUUUAGUGGCAUCUCGCCAAACAGUAUCGAAUGGGAGGAAGUGUGGAAGAAUUGCGUUACAAAGAUUGACACUAGCAAUAGGGGUUUGAAAAGGUAUCUCUUUCAAAGGCGUUCCGUUUAUACGCAAUGACUAGGGCGUUUCAAGUCAGGGGUCAAACGGAAACGUUUCCACUGGCUGGAAUAGGCCACUUUCGAUCUAUCGGCGUCACCAUUUCAUUUUAUUCUUAUCCAUCAUCCUUAUUAAUUACCCUAUUGUGUUAACUUCCUCUUUACCGUAUUUUCGCUUUGUAGCUUUGUCCUAUUAUCGAUUUCAAAUCAAUGAUUGAAACAAAGCGCGCGAAAAGUAAAAGGGUCAUUGUUGUUCAAAGGAAGAAGGAAGAUACUUUAGGGAUAUUUUUUAUUUGAGUUGACGUCGUUGUAUCAAAACAAUAUUAGACGCGUUAAUGUUCAAUAGAAUCGUAUGAUCGAUGAUAGAUAUUCGUCAUAUUUAGAAUAUAUUCGUUCGGGGUGCGAGAGAGAGAGAGAAAGAGAGAGAGAGAGAGAAAGAGAAUAAAAGAAAGAAAGAAAGAAUGAGAGAAUGAAAGAGUAAAAGAGAGAGAGAGAUAGUGAAACUCUUUCUUUAGAAAUACCACCCCAAACGUUUCACACUCACGUGUACUAUUCAACCCCCCUCUAUGAUGGGAUAAGAAGACCAUCGAUCGUUCUUUUUUUGUUUUCUAUUAUUAUUUUCUUUCUAAGAUUUGCGUACGAGAGACAAGUCGUCGUCGUAUAUUUUCCUAUCGUGCGGCCACGUUACAACGUUACACGACAUUCCUUCUUCUUUGAUCUAUUUAUUUAUACGGUGUUUCACGCAAUCCUAAGUACGCACUAAAGUUGUAGACAGCGCACGAUAUAUCAAAGCUCCUCGGUUUAGUUCGAUGGACACGCGAAGAAGAAGAAGAAGAUGAUGGCAUCGCGCGAAAUAAGAAUUACACGAAUAUACGGGAGGAGAGUAUUAUUAUUAUUAUUAUUAUACCGGGUCUCUGUAAAAGAAACAACACACCGAUGCAAAGAUCCGCACGUACGCAUGUACGCACGCACGCACGCACGCACGCAUUCACGCAAGGGCACGCAGGGGGCAAACAGGCAUGCAUGUACGCACGCAUGCACGCACGUACACACGGCUAAAAAAAUUGUAGUUGAGAUAAAGACAAAGAGAUAAAUAUAAGGAGAGAGACACUACUACUAUUACUAUUAUUACUAUUAUUACUAAUAAUACUAUUACUAUUAUUACUAUUACUAUUACUAUUACUAUAUACGACACGAGACGCGCGCGAGCGUGCAAGCGAGCGAGCGAGCGAGCGAGCAAGAAAAUAAAGCAAUGUGUGUGUGUGUUUGUGUGUGUGUGUUGUGUGCUGCGUUGCAUUAAAAUGUUGUGUUAAAGGAUAAAAAAACCGCGUGCGUGAAAAUCGUGUCGCUCACGGCAACAACGAUUUAUCAUCGGCUACUUUUAUCGUGUAUACUUAAAAAAAAAAAAGGAAAAAAAAACGGAGGAAACACAAAAGUAUAAGUAAAAUAAAUAAAUUAAAAAGAAAAAAAAAGAAAAAAACAAAAGUCAAAAUAAAAAUCAUAGCAUAUUAUGAUGAGAAAAACCUAGUAAUUUAAGAUAUGCUUGUAGUAUAUUUAACAAAAAAAAAAAAAAAGAAAAAAAACGGAAUAAAAGAAAAAAAUUGAAAAAAAAAAAAACAGGAAAAAAAGUAAUAAAUAAAUAAAUAAAUAAAUAAAUAAAUAAUAAAGAAGCGGAAGAAAAUGCGUUGAGCGCUUUUACAGCGCUCUAACUAUUAGAAUAUUACAAAUACAUUUAUUCACGAGUGGUCCGUUCGUUGGUUCGUUCCCCUUUUUUCUUCCUUUCUUAUUUCAUUUGAACCCUUUCGCCAUUACGGGCGACUAUAGUCGCUUUCCAUAAAAUUCUACUCACAUAUUACGGGCGUCUAUAAUCGCUAUGCAUAAAAUGCCGCGCGUAUUGUACAUUGUAUAAUACAUAUAUGACGAACGAUUAAGUUAAUAUGUUUAAUUGUUAGAAAUAUUUUAAUUUGUGGAGUUGUUUUUUUUUUUUUCUUUUUUUCAAUAAACACUGUCAAAUCAAAUCGGGGUUGUUGUGAAGCAUAAUAAACGCGGCCACUGUCGAUUUUAAUCGAGCACCGUGCACAUUUUUGGCGCGGGGGCGACACGUUCAGCGGAAAUACCACGGCGAAGAAGUCGCCCAUAGCGAAAGGGUUAAUUUACACGAUGGCCUUAAUCAUAUUUUCCUCAUAUUUCCUUUUUUCUUGUCUUUUCUUUUCUUUUUCGUAGAAUUUUCUCAACAAAUUUUUUUCUUAUUUGUUUUUUUGUUUUUUAGCGUGAGAUCUAUUUUAUAUAUAAUAUAUAUAUAUAUAUAUGAACUUAUGAAUGUUACAGUACGGACGAAUCAUUGAACGUACCGAUCGUUUAAUUUAAAAUAAUUUUAUUGUAGACAAGACACACGUGAUUGGUCGCAAAUAAAACCUAUUUUACAUUUUUA